UGGUUUUUGCCAAAGUACACGCAGAAGAACAACAUUUCACAGAAAAUCAGCAAUCAAGAAAUAGGAUCAAGUUGAAAUUUUGAAUACAAGCAAUCAAUCAAAAAUGUCGAUCGAAUUACGCCGCAAGCACGUGCUGAAGGAAAUGAUGGAGGACAAUUUCGAGUUGCCCACAGAGAAACAGCAAAUAAUGCGUGUGGUUAAAUGUCGUGGCAACAAUCUGCACGAAGUUGAAACUGGAACGCCAGACUCUGAGAAUAUCUUGGCAUCCAUGCCAAAUAAGUUUCGUCGGAAUGUAUGGAUCGGGCGUGGUGACUAUGUGCUGGUGGAACCAAUCGAAGAGGGUAAUAAAGUAAAGGUGGAAAUAUGUAAAAUCCUCACUCCACAGCAUAUAAAAGAAUACAGUAGGGCUGGUGUAUGGCCUGAACAGUUUAGUAAAAAGCCUGAACCCGACCAAUUCGAUAUAGAAAGCGAUGAAGAAGCGAAUGGUGAUGAGUUAAUAGUGAGAAAUCCCAAUAGGCCAACAUUAUCGGAGGAUGAUUCUACUGAUGAUGAGGAAGAUGAUGAUGAAACUGCAAGUGAUACAGAAGAUGAUGAGGAAGAUGCAAGUGAUAAGAAUUAAUUCUGGCAAUCGACGGCAACGCAUGGGCAGGAACCGAAAUGACAGCUAGCAAAAAGUCUAGUCUUGCGAUUUCAAAAAUUCUCAAUUUUAAUUGUGCCGGCUUUAAAUUAACUAAGUAUUGUAGGCAUCAUUUUCCUAAAUUUUCACAUUGCCAAGGAAUGAUAAUUUUUUAUAAGCCUUAUCUUUAAUUUUAGGUAUCACUUUUUGUAUUUAGACUUAUUGUUAUGUGAUGUUUCAUGUUAGCUUUAAGAUAAGAUAAGCAAUGGCUUAGAAAUAUAACUUCAUU